CUCUGUCUGGUAGAAAACCUCUGUGUUCUUCUUGUCAUAAUUCCAUGUGCUGCUCCGGUCUGUUUUCCCCUCCUGAAGUUCACUUCACCGGAACCUGGGCUCCCGGAGACGCAGCGCUGGAGCAGAUGGAUAAUGGAGACUGGGGCUAUAUGAUGACUGACCCGGUCACAUUAAAUGUAGGUGGACACUUGUAUACAACGUCUCUCACCACACUGACACGUUACCCAGAUUCUAUGCUUGGAGCCAUGUUUGGCGGAGACUUCCCCACAGCUCGAGACCCUCAAGGCAAUUACUUCAUUGAUCGAGAUGGACCUCUUUUCCGAUAUGUCCUCAACUUUUUAAGAACUUCAGAGUUGACUUUACCCCUGGACUUUAAGGAGUUUGAUCUGCUUCGAAAAGAAGCAGAUUUUUAUCAGAUUGAACCCUUGAUUCAGUGUCUCAAUGACCCUAAGCCUUUGUAUCCUGUGGAUACUUUUGAAGAAGUUGUGGAGUUAUCCAGUACUCGGAAGCUUUCUAAGUACUCUAACCCAGUAGCUGUCAUCAUAACUCAAUUAACCAUCACCACCAAGGUCCAUUCCUUACUAGAAGGCAUCUCAAACUAUUUUACCAAGUGGAACAAGCACAUGAUGGACACCAGAGACUGCCAGGUCUCCUUUACUUUCGGACCUUGUGAUUAUCACCAGGAAGUUUCUCUCCGGGUGCAUCUGAUGGAAUACAUUACGAAACAAGGCUUCACGAUCCGCAACACGCGGGUUCAUCACAUGAGUGAACGGGCCAACGAGAACACGGUGGAGCACAACUGGACUUUCUGCAGGCUGGCCCGCAAGACAGACGACUGAAUGCCGCCCCAGAAGCUCCUGGAAAUGAACUUCCCGGGAGAUGUGGAAGAGACUGGUUGGCUUUGUUUUGUUUUUUAAAUCACAGUGUGGGAUUUCUUUUCUUUCCUUUUUUUUUAAAAAUUGUAUUUAUUUGAAGGAGUUGAGGUCCAGAAAGGAAGUUGUGUGCUUCAGCCAACUCCUCCACGUCUGUUCCCUUCACUCCGAGCAUGCGUGUGCCUGUUCAAUCUCCGGAUACCUUUUUUAUAAAAAGAAAUUUGAAAUCACUAUGGUAUAUAAUCUACCCUUUAACAGAGCCUUUUUUUUUAAAUUACAGUGCUAAAAUUAUAUCUGAUUAAAUGGUCCUUAACUCAACUAGACAGUUAAAAAUGCAGGAAUGAAAGGAAAUGCUGAGUGCUCAUGAAGCCUUUGAGAAAAAUCAAAACAUCCUGCACGGUGACUUAAGUUGCCAGACCAAUAAACAGUGUUGUAAUAGUAAAGGAAAACUGUUCCAAUCAUUUUAAAGUACUUGUUAAGUACUGCUUUUUACAGUUGUGACAACUGUUUCUUUCUAUGCAUAUAAAUCAAGCAACCAAAUAUCUGUAGCCAUGGAAAUGUCUGAAUAGAAAUAUUUAUAUUGGAUUCCAGAUACAAAAUGUCCCUGUGGUAGAACUCUUACUUUCUAUGCCUGGUCCAGUAUAAUUCUCAAGUGUACUGUCUACCAGGAAAAGAGGUAAUAAAAAAGUGAAAU